CGCCUGUGCCAGCAUGCUGCAAAACCAGCUCCUAGCUGGCUGGGACUCUUUGCCGAAGAAGGCAGUGUACAUGCUUGCAACAUAAUAGGCAGACCGAACGUCAUCGAGAAUGGCGCUGACCACUCCCACCAAGCCGCAUUUUCCUCGUUUCGAGUAUCCUUUAGACUCCCGAUCUCCUUCAAGAUCGCCUCGUCGAAAAGCCCAAUUUGCAAUCAAAGAACUCGACCCUCUUCUUGGGAACCUGUCACCUGAUUCCACAUUGAGAGCCCUUCAAGCAACCGAAACGAUCCCUGGUGGCGGGGCCCAAGAUGCUUUGGCUUCCAGCAUCGGGGACGCAACACCUGCCGAACGAGAGACUGGUAUAAGGGCUGUUUUCGCCGCACAAAAGCUUCGAGAAUGGACAACUGAGCUCUCGGGAUGGAGCUGGCCAGGAAGAAGAGAAAGAGCUUGGGGACUGGGGUUCAUCACUCCCUUUGGUGCAAAAGGAGCAGGCAUGCAUUACCGGGGCUACCUGACGAUAACAUUGGCCGACCAGUACGAGUCAAGACUGGAUGAGAUCAGAGAUGAUCUUGAAAGUCUUGGAAUGGAGAGUAUCAAGGAUCAUGUGCUCGAGUCGCAUACCCCAGCGAAGAAUGAUCCACAAAGUCCACAGACGACGGGCAACCGCAGGAGUUAUGGAAGAAUGCGUGACUUCACCGCCUUGAUCACGGCUACAGUAAUUCAGGCGCUGCCGGACCUUGCAAAGCUGAAUACCUUGCUGGACAUAUGGGACAUUCGGCUAAGGGUGCUGAAAGAACUUCCUCGAUUUCUCGAAGUACUUGAGUCUACUCAACAUGACAUCCAGGCGGCCUUCAAUGAGGUCAGAGAUACCGAGCUUGCUCAGAAUGUUACCCAAGAUCGCUUUGAGAGCAAAAAGGCAGUGCUGGGUAGUCAGGUCUCGGAUGUUGGCCGACGGAUUGAUCGACUGCUCGAUAUGCUAGAAGGACAAGAAGAUUCACUUCCACAGGCAUGGAUUGACCGAUUGGAGAAAAUCGAGCUUGACUACGCGACAUGGGUGGUCGAGGCUGAGCAUGUGGUCUUGAGAAACAGACUGGCCACAAGAGCCAGCAGGAACUCUGAAUCUGAAAACUUGGCCAGGAAUGCGGUUUCCCCAGUUCCAGAGCAAGUCACUGCGCCCACAAAAGACACACAGUAUGACUUUCUGCAAUCUCCGUUCGUUCCAGAAGCAGGCUUGUCAAAAGACGAAGGAGAAUCUACCACACCAAGCAGACAUGGCACGCCUCCCCGGCGUAAGCCGUCCCUCAAACUCAACAUCUCGGACCAAAAAGGUCACCGAAGAGAAAUAUCCAAGGUGUCUGUUGCGGAUUCUACAUACUCGGCCUUCUCCGACAUCUCUCAGGCCGAGAUCAUGGAUGCUAGAACCACCAGCGUACUUCCUAGCCCGAAAGUGAAUGUUAUAGACAAUCCUUUCAGGGCGAGUCGUGAUGAACUUACCUGGUUCGGGAAUCCCUCCGUCGCCAAAGAGCAAAUGACAUCAAAGCCUCCUUUGCUGCAGCGGGCUUCAACGGCUUCCUAUGAAGUCAUUGCCAAAGACAAUCUGAAACGUGUCAUGCUGACGAGGAGUGCAAGUUGGGAUAUGCUGUCUCAGAUUCCUCAGUCGCCUGAAAGAACGUCACCAGAAAGCACUCCAUCGAAAGCGUUGAGGCAAUUGACUGGCUCAGACUCACCUGUCAGAACUCCUCUAGCUGAACUGGAAGGUUCCGAAAUUCUGCUGGCACCACCAUCAGAAGAAUCGACCGGUCUAACUCCUCUUGCGACACCUUCUCUUGAAGUACAACCACUGCGGGUUAAGACCAGAGAUCAAAAUCUUUACUGGCCAUCAAUGCCCACACUACCCCGAAAGUCGAGCAAGAGGGGUACCCUGGAUGCUACAGGUACCUUUUCUCCGUUGACGCCUAUAUCCAGCGCAAGUCCAGUUGCACAGAGUGCCAGUUCCGAGAAUUGGUCCAAUGAACCUUGGAGCACGUCUUUUGAACACCACUUGCCUAAGCCGUCGAGGACAGGUGGCACACUGGAUGAUAGAAUCCAAGAUUUACUCACGACACUGCCGACUAAAAUUCGACUGAGCAAAGACACAAAUGCCGCCAAUUCGGCACCAUCCUCUUCGACCCCUUCAACGCGCUCAUCAACUCCAACAGCAGCAUUGACAUUAGCCCCAGCGAAAGCUGAAACAUUCUCGCGUAAAGGCGGCGCUGACGACUCCGAAAUCAAAGUCUAUCACCUCAUUCGCACUGGACAAGGCCGCGAUGUCCCUCCGGUCAAGCUGUUUGUCAGAACCGUCGGAGAUGGUCGUGUGAUGGUUCGCGUUGGUGGUGGCUGGGCAGAUCUCGGAGAAUAUCUGAAAGAAUAUAGUCUUCAUCAUGGCAGCCGCGCAACAGCCGACGGCAAUCUUGAGGUUGCCAGUCUAGAUUCGAAUGCUGCUACUGGUGGCGCAGGAGUUUCUGCAAUGCAGGGGCGCAAAGCGAAAUCUCCUCCUGCAAAUGAGACAGCAUUUGAUAUAAACUCCGCACCCGACUCCACAGAUCCUACAGCUCGUACGACCCUGACACGUGUGCGGUCCCCUGAACCUGGAAGAAGGUCAUCAAAGGACGGUGGCGUCCUGGCACGACCGCCUGUACCACCUAUUCCGUCAUCCUUCGCAGCCAAAUCGCCUGCACUUGCGAAAUCAGGGGACGGCACAUCAGCGGACCGAGCUGUCGUAUCACCUGUGCCCACCAGUCCAUCACAUACGCCAGGUGACAGGAGCAGCAUGAUGUCAACCACCACACUCGCCCCAGGCGUGACGACAACUACGAUGAUCACGCCUCCAACGACGACAACGAAAUACACUCCUCUCGGCGGCGCUGGACCGAAAACAAAUGGCCGCCGAGCCGCGACUUAUGGAGCCAUGUCGGGACCCAAUAACGAUGCAUGGGUCGAAAACAUGGUCGGUAAAGCCCGGGCUGUCAGCGGAGGCACAAAUACUACCAGUGUCGUCCACGGGCCGACCACGACGACGACAACUACAAUUACGUCGAGCACACCCGUUUCAAAUCGGCGUGCGUCGUCUUUCCUGAGCUUGAGCCCCAACUCGAACUCGACUUCAAGCCCCGUCACCAUCUCACCGGCUUCUAGUACCGCGUCGAACAGCGCCAGAGAUCGCCGGUCGAGUCUGGCGGGCCGUUCUAAGAGCCGGAUGAGCCUGAGUGACAUGAGCGGGAUCAAGCGGGUGUUUUUACGACGGAAGACGGAAAAUGUAAAAUAAGGGCAUGGGCCACGGUCUGAUAGGGAAUGAUCACAGUACCGUACAUCUGUUGACACUAUACCGGGGCACCCUCAGCAUCACUUAUCGCCUACCUAAAAUGUAAUAUUAUAGUCUUCCUAUUGCGCUGGGCUGUAGCCAUAUCAACCGGGAUAUUUGGUAUCAUCCAAACGAGCGUACAGCGACGGUUUAAAUGAGAAU